AUGACAUCGGAACAAAAAGAUAGAAUUUGUAAUGGUAUUGACACACAAAUGAUGAUUGAAAAUUUCCAGCGACAAGAACAAUUAAAAUCAACAAGCCUAACAUUGGAACAACAAACAAUCAGUGAUUCAAAUGAAAAUAAUCAAAAUGAUGAUAAUUGGGAAUCUGUACAAACUCGUAAAAAUAAUAAAAAAAAAGAACACUGA